AUGCGCAGCCGGCUCGCGGACUUGUCGCGCGGGUACGCGACCAUCGCCAUCGCCCUCGAAGGCUUCUCGGAGCGCCCGGUGGACGGAAAGCGUUCCGUGCUGGAGCAGGUGGACGCCAUUUGUGCCGGCAUGGAGGCCGACCUCAGCAGGAUCCGCGAGAUCGGCCCCGCCGCGAUGGACUCGUGCGAGACGGACGAGGACGAAGCGAACCACCUCCUGCGCGCGCGCGUCGACGUCUACGUCAACGGCCCGACGAUGUUCGCGGUGGACGGCACGCAGCGCGCAGAGAUCUUCUCCGGGGUCCUCAAGCUGAUCGAGAAGGAAGACUCGCUGCCCGCGGAGCACCCCGCCCGCGAGGAGAUGAAGCGGAGACAGGACAUGGCGCUGGGCCCGGUGCCGUACGCAGCAGCUAGUGUUGCUGCCGGCCUCUCCCCAGACGUGACGGCGGUGCUGCAGGCGGCGCAGGCAUCGGACGGAGACAUUCUGCAGGCGAUCACGAAUCAUCCAGAGAAGGGGAUCGCGCAGCGCCUCGUCAUGGCGAUGGUGGAGCCGCGGGUCCGCGAGCUGGUCACAGGUGGCGCGGACGACGAGGUGUCUCGGCUCCUGGUCGUGUGGGACCGCAUGGCCGAGACGCAGCAGUAG